ACGGGCGGUGACUGCAGAAAGCGCGCCAGGCGUGUCCUCCUUGGUAGGCGUGCGGUGGUAAUCAAUGGGGCGUCUAGCUGGCCGCGGCAGGCUCUAGCGGGGGCUGGGCGGCUGCAUGCCUUCCCCGCCUCCUCCUGCUCGGCAGCUUUGAGGAGGGAAUGGAAGGGGCGAGGGGCCGGCUGCCCGCAGCAUCCUCUCUGCGCCCAGCGCGCUCCUGAGGCUGCAGGGAGGGUCCCUCCGCGGCUGCGACGGGCGUCCCCGACCUUGGGUGGUGUGCCUGCGUCGCGCUUAGCCGGGGGAUGCUGAGCUGAGGUUCCGGCGCCUUGCGCGUGCGUGGCUUCGCGAGGGCGCCCCGCUACCCCUCGAUGGACACGCAGCCCCGGGCUCACCUCGGCGCGGCUGCUGCUGCUCUCUGGCGGAACGGGCUUGGGGCCGCCGCGCGGCUGAGGGACUGCCGCCGUGCUUCUGGCGGGAUGCUGGGCUAGCGCGCCGGGUGGUUGCGCGGCCGGGGAGGCGGCGGUUGUGCGGCGGGGUUCUUGGGAAGGGUCGGCCGGUAGGGGAGGCGUCGCGGCUCUCCAAUGGCCAGCCCCCGGAGGAGCAUCGAGUUGGAGCACUUCGAAGAGCGGGACAAAAGGCAGCAGCGCUCGAGCGCCCGCCGGGGCGGGGGCAGCUCCACUUGCAGCAGCAGCUCCGGGCCCAAAGGGAACGGGCUCAUCCCCAGCCCCGCGCACAGCGCCCACUGCAGCUUCUACCGCACGCGCACCCUGCAGGCCCUCAGCUCGGAGAAGAAGGCCAAGAGGGCGCGCUUCUACCGCAAUGGGGACAAGUACUUCAAGGGCUUGGUCUACCCCAUCUCCUGCGACCGCUUCCGCUCCUUCGACGCCCUCCUCGUCGAGCUCACCCGCUCCCUGUCGGACAACGUCAACUUGCCCCAGGGCGUCCGCGCCAUCUACACCAUUGACGGCAGUCGGAAGCUGACCAGCCUGGAAGAGCUGGUGGACGGUGAAAGUUAUGUAUGUGCAUCAAAUGAACCAUUUCGGAAAGUUGAUUACACUAAGAAUGUUAAUCCAAACUGGUCAGUCAACAUAAAAUCUGGGUCAUCUCGAUCCCUCACGUCUUUGACCUCUGCAAGAAGUGAAAUAAAGGAGAGUAAAGACUUCAUUAAGCCCAAACUAGUGACCGUUAUACGGAGUGGAGUGAAGCCACGGAAAGCUGUGAGAAUUUUGCUGAAUAAAAAGACUGCUCACUCCUUUGACCAAGUGUUGACUGAUAUAACAGAAGCUAUUAAGUUAGAUUCAGGAGUUGUCAAGAGAAUUUGCACACUGGACGGCAAGCAGGUUACCUGCUUGCAAGACUUUUUCAGUGAUGAUGAUGUUUUCAUUGCUUGUGGACCGGAAAAAUAUCGUUAUGCUCAAGAUGAUUUUGUUCUGGAUCACAGCGAAUGUCGUGUUAUGAAGUCAUCUUAUUCCCGCUCAUCCGGCACUCCAAGAUAUUUUGGAUCUAAAAGCCCUGGUCCUUCCCGUCGAAGCAAGUCACCUGCUUCAGUAAAGAGGGGUGGCUACUACUCCAGUACUUACUCUUCAGCAAAAUCCCCAGUCAAUGGAACCCCCAGCAGCCAGCUUUCUACUCCGAAAUCUACGAAGUCUUCUAGCUCUUCACCAACAAGUCCUGGGAGUUUCCGAGGACUCAAGAUUCCACCACACUGUGAGUCUUCUUCUAAUGUUAAUGGUGUGCCUGAACUAUCUCCUUGCCUGAGUCCUGAAGGUGUGAAUGGAAACAAAUGCUCAGGGACAGCAACAAUUCUUGAGAAGUACAAAGUGGGGAAAGUGAUUGGUGAUGGUAAUUUUGCUGUGGUUAAGGAGUGCAUAGAAAGGACCACUGGAAAGGAGUUUGCUUUGAAGAUUAUAGACAAAGGAAAAUGCUGUGGAAAGGAGCAUUUGAUUGAGAAUGAAGUCUCAAUAUUGCGCCGAGUGAAGCACCCCAAUAUCAUCAUGCUAAUAGAGGAGAUGAAUACUGCAACAGAGCUUUAUCUGGUAAUGGAAUUGGUCAAGGGAGGAGAUCUUUUUGAUGCUAUCACUUCUUCUACAAAAUACACUGAACGUGAUGGAAGUGCAAUGGUCUACAAUCUAGCCAGUGCAUUGAAAUACCUCCAUGGUCUCAAUAUUGUGCACCGAGAUAUCAAGCCAGAGAAUCUUCUAGUCUGUGAGUAUUCAGAUGGAACCAAGUCCUUGAAGUUGGGAGACUUUGGAUUAGCCACAGUGGUUGAAGGGCCAUUGUAUACAGUCUGUGGCACACCAACUUACGUGGCUCCAGAAAUUAUUGCAGAGACUGGUUAUGGCUUAAAGGUGGACAUUUGGGCUGCAGGUGUCAUUACGUAUAUAUUGUUAUGUGGGUUUCCACCAUUUCGUAGUGAAAACAACGUUCAAGAAGAUCUGUUUGACCAGAUCCUGGUUGGAAAGCUAGAGUUUCCUUCUCCAUACUGGGAUAACAUCACUGACUCUGCCAAGGAGUUAAUUAGUCUGAUGUUACAAGUAAAUGUGGAAGCACGAUAUACAGCGGCUCAGAUUUUAAACCACCCCUGGGUGUCGGAUGAUGACUCCCAGGAGAAUAAUAUGCAAGCUGAAGUAACAGGUAAAUUAAAGCAGCACUUUAACAACACACUACCCAAACAGAAUAACCCAACCGCAGGGGUUUCUGUCAUCAUGAACACAGCUCUAGAUAAAGAGAGGCAGAUCUUCUGCAACAAGCGCCGUCAAGAAUCUGGGCCAGCUGCUGGAGAGCAAAACACCAUGACAAAUGCUGCAGCUCAUGACUCCUCUAUGGUUGGGCUUCAGGCACCUUUUCCUGCUGCUUCUGAGCCACACAAACUCCCCCCACAUCCUGUCUCAGCGCAUCACAAUGAUACCACAGGAUUCAUGUGAACCGAGGCCAUUGCUAGGUUGGAAAUCUGUCCUCCAGUAUUGGUUUCUUACCCUGUACCCACCAUAGAUUGUCCACAACUUUUUGAAAGGGAAUGCAGGUGUAGUAUACACAGUAGUUUUUAGUACUCUACUGGCAGUUCAGUUUGGAAAGUCUUUUUUAAAAAACAAAAACAAACCCUUUCUAUAUAAUUUCACACAACAUUGGAACAAUUAAUGGAAUUAAUCUUCUCUGUUGGAAAUCAUAUAUUGAUAUACAGACUGUUAAUAAGACUUACCCAGCACACUCUCUUACAUGAGCGCAGCAAAGGAGGAAGUGCUAAUCUAUACAAGUUUAAAGUUCAGUUCCUGACUUUCUCUUAAAAGGCAACUUCAUCUACAGACUGGACCUAGUGGACAAACUGUACAGUACUGAAAGGCAGGCUGCGAGGAAGUUAUUACUAAGUUCUUCUUUGUCAAAUUGCAGUUUCAAUAAUUUGACUUCAAAUUUGGGUAUAAGAGUAACAUAAUCAAGAGGAAGUUCUUCAUAUGUAUGACAACUGCAGUCCCUGAAGCCUUUUCAAGUAUUAUUUGUUCUGCACAAAUUGCCUCCCAUUCCAUGCCAGUACUGAUUACAAGCAACAAGAAUUGUUUGGAAGAGGUGUGCGCUGCAUGUUGCAUAACCUACAGUGGAGUAUAUAUUUAGCCAACUGAAGCGAUGAACUGCGGGUCACCCACACACAAUGCUUCUGCUAUUUUGUUUUUCCAUUAGUCCACUCUUUCAUUUCAGGAAGAGCUGAAAUAAUAGAGAGCAGUGAUGCUACAUGUGCAGUCAAGGGUAGAUGGAGUUGUAUCUUUUCUCUUAAUGCUUGUUUCAAUAUUGUAUGUAAUCUGCUUAUUUUUUCCUUUUGCACCUUCUUAACUCUUGUCAUUUUCUAUUAGCCUUUACUUCAUAUUAGAAUUAUUAAGACCUGCAAUAAACAUUCUUCU